AGCAGGCGUCCUUCGAUGCAAAAACCGAAGGAUAACCCUGUGGCUCGCCCGCGAUCUACGCAAACGCCAGCUCGAACGAAACCCUGGGGGAGAACAGCUUAUGGCUUCACAUACUGGAGCGCGAGCACGGCAUCCAUCGCCUCCUCCGGCCUCGAGCGCGGUCGACGACCUGCGCUAGGGAGGAACCAGGCAGCAGCGCGAGCACGGCACCUCACCGCCUCCCUCAACCUCGGCGCAGGCCGAAGACGAGCGCGCAGUGACGGU